AUGUCAUUUUCGUAUGACCCAAAUAAACUUACUUGGAACGAAACACAUACUAUUAAUGAAGAACAUCAGUACUGUUACUGUGGUGAAGACAAAUACUUGACUGAAGUUUCGGUGCAGUGUUGUGAAUGCUUAAAUUGGUUUCAUGCCAGAUGUAUUAAAGCCUCGAUAGAUAAGACAAUUCCGAUUUUCACAAAUUAUCGGUUUCGUUGUAAUUUCUGUAAUGGACCCGAAGGUGAAAGUUUUAAGAGAAACCAAGCGGGAUGGAAAGAAAUCGGUGGAUGUGCAAUUGCAAACCUUAUGCUUCAGCAGCAUAUGACGGAUCAUCAAGCUUCAAAAGAUGACCCAAGAUAUUUAUCUGAAAAUGCCAAUAAAUUAGGUCCAUUAAAUUAUUACUUUAACAAAAAUGAACAUUUACGACCAUUUGUAGACAAAAAUUGGUCUUCACUUUGCACAGAACGAUCAAGAACUGCAACUUGGUGGGCGACACUUGGAUCAUGUUUAUACUCAACUAAAGAUCUUUUUGUUGCUAAAGACGAACAUAAUAGAUCAGCUAGUUCAAACUUUUGCCUUGUUGAUCCAAAUUUAUGGAAUAUAAGACCUGGACAUUUCGGGACAUCCCAUUCUCGAAACCCAUCAAAAUUACACAAGGAAUCGACUCACAGUCACAGUCGUCGUGUAAUUAAUGAUUCCGAAACACAUGAAGAUAUUUCUAUGGUUUCACAUUCAAAACGACAAGUUACACCGCUUCAAUCUUCUGAACAGGGCAUGACUCCUCCCACGCAUUCUAUGCAUUCGAAUCCCAAAAACACCGUAAUUGCUUUAAUUGAAGCAAAUUCUUCUAAUACCGAAUUCGGACAAUCUGGUGAACAAAAUAAUCUAAGACAUGGUUUUAAAUAUUUACCAUGUCAAGGAGACAAAUUGUUUCCAUUUAUGCAAUAUCGUAAUUCAGAAUUACCUCCUUAUGGGUUGCGUUUAUCCAAAGAAGACGCAAGUUUAUCCGUAUGGAUUAGUGGUGACCAACUUACUACAACUACAGAAUAUGGAUUUUCUAUGGCAAGAGCUAAUUGUCCAGUGAAGGAGGGGAAAUGGUUUUAUGAAGUUUUCAUAGAUCGUGGUGGAGAAGGUAAAAUUGAUGGCAAAGAUGGUGCUCACGUUAGAGUUGGUUGGGCACGUCGAGAAGGAAACAGAAAUUCUCCCGUUGGUUCCGAUGCCUAUAGUUAUGGAUUUAGGGAUCUUACUGGUCAUAAAGUACAUCAAUCACGACUUUCACGAUUUGGGGAACCAUUCAAAACGGGUGAUGUUAUAGGUCUCUAUAUAAGUUUACCACCUUUAAAUAAAGUCUAUCCAGAUUACCAGUUAAAAUGUCCAAAAAGGCGAAGAAUCCCGAUCUUGUUCAAAGGAGAUACUAUUUUUGAAUAUAAAGAUUAUAAACCUACAAACGAGCGUACUAACGAAGAUACUUUAACCGAGGAUGACGGAUCACUUGGCUAUUAUCCCACAGUUUCGAUGUUUCGAGGUGGCACUUGUACAUUAAAUUUUGGACCGUAUUUUCGGUAUCCACCACCUCUUGAUCCAGAAUUAGAAAAGAAGAAUAAUAAUAAUUGUGGUGCACGUAAAUGGCGACCAAUGUCGGAAAGAUAUAUGGAGCAUAUUGCCGAGGAUGUUUUAUAUGAUAUUAUCGAUGAAAUAGAACUUUGGGAUUGGAUGAUGUCACAGAAAAAGAAGUCGCUUCCUAUCAAAAGGCCUACAAUUGUAGAUUUAUCGGAUGGUGGUAUUAUGAAAAAAAGGAAAUUUAAUGAUAUUGAAGGAAUGUCUUAUAUAUGA